AUGGCGCCCUCCGACACCAUCCCCUCGACGACCUCCGACCCCGUCGACCUCACCUCGACGCCCCAGUCCCUCGCCCGUGCCGUCUUCGCUCGCCGCGCAGAGUAUGUCCGCCCACACCGCAUCCGCGUCAAGAUCGGCACCUGGAACGUCGCCGCGUGCCCCGGCACCGACAAGGACCUCGCGAGCUGGUUCGUGGACGGCUACGGGCUCGAUGCGGCACUGUCACGGCUGAAUGUGGGCGAUGGCGAGACCGUCGAGACAAACCCGCCCAUCCCUCCCACGCCGACGCUGGACACCAAGCUCGCCGCUGAAGAUGACAAUGAUGUGGCUGAGAGCUCUUCGAACCCAAAGUCUCCAACGUCGACAACGUCGAAUCCAAAGUCUCCAAUCUCGAAUUCGAACCCAAAGUCACCAGUGCCGGCUGCGGCUACGGCCACACAGCCGGACGCCGUGCACGUGGUUGGAGGCGACAAGAUUGGGCUGUACGUGCUCGGCCUGCAGGAGAUUGUCGACCUGAACAUGGCGAGGGACUACAUGAACCGGAUGUACUCCGACCCGGGGCCCAUAAACAAGUGGAAGGACGCUUUAGAAGCGGCCAUGCCGCCCGGCUACGAGCUGGUGGCGGCAGAGCAAAUGUCAGGCUUGUGUCUGCUGGCGUACGCAUCUCCGGAGGUCGCCCCGACCAUCAGCAACGUGAGCACUGUCUCUGUGGGCACGGGAUUGUUUGGAUACCUCGGUAACAAGGGUGCAGUCACGACAAGGAUGCUGCUGGGCGAGACGACGCGCAUGGUCUUUGUCAACUGCCACCUUGCUAGCGGCGCGGAGCAAACGUAUCUUGACCGUAGACUUUGGGAUGUCGGACAGAUUAUGUCUCGGACGCAGUUCGAUCCCAUCAACUUGGCCGGGGAGAACGACGCAGAGCCGGAGAAGAUUGGCGACGAGGACUUUGCGUUUUGGCUUGGUGAUCUAAACUUCAGGGUAGACGGGCUUCCUGGAAACGAUAUCCGACGGCUGUUGUUGCUGCAUACACGCGGAGAGUACGAUUUGGAUAAACGGGGCCGCAAAGUCAUCGCGGGCGGCGAAGUGCUGGUGGUGAAGAGCUCCAAGAGCGGCAAGGCGGAGGAUAGCGACGAUGAUACGUCCACUAUCGAAACGACGCUCUCGUCGGAGCCCAGUGAGCACGACUCGGCGAGCUCGCUGCCGGAUCCUGACGAGUUUCUGCCGGACCCGAGCGAUGACCCUGCCUCAUUGCAGGCGACGCUGGAUUCGCUGCUGCCGCAUGACCAGCUGCGGCGAAUUAUUCAGGAGAAGAAGGCCUUCCACGACGGUUGGCGGGAAGGGCCGAUUACGUUUUUGCCGUCUUAUAAAUACGAUGUUGGGACUAUUAGUCUGUUUGAUUCGAGCGAGAAGCAGAGAGCACCAAGCUGGUGUGAUCGGAUUCUGUACCGGACACGAAAGGAUAGGGAGGAAUACGAGCAGCAGGUCAAGGAUGCCGAGGAGGCGAAGAAGAAAGACGAGGAGAUGACGGCACAGGGGCUGGAUCAUGCGACUGACGAUGAGAGUGUCCUGUUCGACUACGACCCAGAUGCGGACGGUGAGGAGCCUCCGCCGACUGGCGAAGCUGGUGUCGAUUACGAUGAGUACGACGAGGAUGACAAUGAGCCGGAGGAAGGUGUCACGAAAGAAGGCUUCACCGAUAGGAUACAGCUGGACAUUUACACCUCACAUCAACGGAUCAUCUCCUCGGACCACAAGCCCAUCAUUUCCGUCUUCACACUUGACUACGACGCCGUGGUGCCCGACCUGAAAGCGAAGGUCCACGCCGAGGUUGCAAAGGAGCUGGACCGGGCCGAAAACGAGGGGCGGCCGCUCAUCACAGUUAUUCUGGAUAACCACGAUCUUCAGGCCAAGGAUGAGACGGGAGCGGUGGAUAUUGGCGAGGCCGUGGACUUUGGAGACAUUGGAUAUCGCAGCAGACACACUGCCACGCUGACUCUCGCGAAUACCGGGCGCGUCCCAGCCAAGUUUGCUUUUGUCGAGACGCCUACCAUCGAGGACGACUCUGAUUCGUCUAGUCCGCCGUCAUGGCUCAGAACAUCAUUCAAACGGGCCGACGUUGAAGACGGAGAACAACCGGACCUCGGCAGUGAAGUGACACUCGAACCAGGCGAGACAAUCAGCGCUGUCUUGGAGGUGCACGUCAACGACAUGUCUCACGUAAGAGCCCUCAACGACGGCCGCUCAUCGCUGGAAGACAUCCUGGUUCUUCGCGUGGAAGACGGCCGGGACCACUUCAUUCCCGUCCGCGCCUCCUGGCUCCCGACAUGUUUCGGCAGAUCGAUCGACGAACUCAUCCGCACUCCGGACGGAGGAAUCCGCAAGUUCGUCAGGUCACGGGUCCCCAAUGGCUCAGGCUCGAUCCCUUAUGAUCUCGACGUCCAUUGCGCGGCCCCCAAGGAGCUCUUCAAACUCACCGAGGCUGUCGAAGUGAUGACCUCCCGCGCCAUCGCCGACGCAAACAUGAUUGAGGAGCACCUCAUCCCAGGCGACAAGCCCGGCUGGCCGUUCGACGACACGGCGUGGUUGUUCAAGGACAGAGACGCCCGCGACGCGCAGGUGCUUGCACUCAUCGAGGCCCUCGACACAGACCAGCCCCUCGUCGACGCUCUCCCCGUUGAGACGCCCUCCCUGCACCGCCUCGAGGUUAUUGCUGAGGUCCUCCUCCUCUUCCUGUCAGGCCUCACGGAUGGUAUCAUCACCGCGUCCCUCUGGGCCAAGAUCGAGGUCGCCAUCCCGCAAGUCGCAACCACAUCACGCCCCGCUCGCGAGAUCGAGGACGAUAAGACAGCCGUCCUCGACAUCCUCGCCACCGCGCCGAAUCACAAUAUCGCCUUCGUGUUCCUGACGGCCACGCUGUCCAAGGUUGUCUCGGAGCUCGCGCCGAUCUCGAGGUCCGAGGUCGAGGCGCUGACGAUGCCGAAGCCUAACCGGCGGAGUCUGAGCUUCAGGCGGCUAACUGGCGGGAAUGCCGCGGCGGAGGCGGCGCUGGCGAGGCGGCGCACAAGGGAGAGGAGGGUCGCCGAAGUCUGUGGGAGGGCGGUUUGCAGGGUUGGCGUGCCAGCUGCGGCGAAGGAGAGGAAGGCUGUGGAGGAGAGGGUCAGGGGGGUUUUGGAGAUUUUCGUGAGGACGCCGUUGGAGGAGGGAUAA